AUGGAGCACGGCAGCCUAACGCAGAAAUUUCAACUCGUCCGCACCAGAUCCGCGACUCCGAUUUCGCGAACGCAAUCCCCAUUAUCGCUCGUUGUCACACCGAGCACGACUGACCAGAACAAGCUUGCUUCCGCCUUCGCAGCCGCGCUCAAAACCGGCCCAAGGGGCUAUCAACUACAGUGCCUGGGAAACUUCAUCUGCAGUGUUCCGUCUCGCAUUGGCCACAAUCCCGCCCUGGACGCUGCGGUGGCAUGCGUCUUAGAGGCUCAUUCUAAUCUAGUACGCAAUGCUACCGGUCUACCUCAUUCGGCCGUUGCAACCCUGAGUGGAGAGCGCCCUUUGCCCAGCUCGGAGUACAUGAGGGCACUGCGAAUACUGCAAGAAGUCAUUGAGCACCCUGUGCUGGGGUUUUCAUCCGAGACGGUGUGCGCCACAAUUCUGAUGACACACUACGAGAUGAUGAUCCAUGAGAAACGUGGCUCUCAGUAUCUCGCCCAUGCUGGCGCUGCUACCAAACUGAUCGUCCUCCGUGGACCACAGAAUUUGUCCUCGAAUUUCGAGAAGGAAUUAUGGCGCACACAGCGUGGGCACAUGAUCAUACAGGCUUUCCUUCGACAAGAAGACUGCAUCUUGUUCAGCGACGGUUGGCGGAGCUUUCAUUUGGACCCGACUCGAAACGUGACUUCAACAUUGGUAGACCGGCUAGUUCAAGUUUUCAGCGCUUUGCCGUCUCUUGUCAAACAAGUGCGAGGCAUCCGCGCCGCAACGACUCCCGUCAACCAAGUUAUCCAAUUUGGAGAAGAUCUUCAACAAAAACUUGCACUCCUUUCCGCUGAGGCUGAGCAUUCCUCCUCGAAUACUGCCCUGGUAUUCAAGCCCGUCACAUCUCAGAGCGAUGACGGAAGAUUUCCAUCAGUGCUCCGUUUCCAGUCCACCGAUGGUGCAAUGUUCCACACAUGGUAUUGGGCGGUAACAAUCAUUAUCGAAGUCUGCAUCAUGACUAUCUACCAGAGGCAUGAUGAACUUCCGCGGCGGACGAAUCUAGGUGUAAAUGCAGCAGCACGCAAGAUCUGCAUGUCCUACGAGUAUGCCGCGGCACUGAGACCUCUUGGGGCACAGUUCCUACAACUGCCUCUGAUCUGCGCUCACUUUGUCGGCGACGACUGCAUGAAAGAAUGGAUCGUGACAAAGCUCAAUUCGCUAGUAGCUGAGUUGCACAUUCAGUAUACAAGCGAAUAUGUCCAAACAUUGGGCAAUGCGAUUCUGGGAAUCUGA